AUGUCGUCCUCUUCUUCCUCGACAGCCCCAGCUUCAGUCAAAGACUACUUCCAAGACCUGGAGAUUCAGUUGGAAUCCGAAUUAAUAAUCACGAAAAAGAGUCCCUCGAUGACUUUUGAUAAUAAUUCCAGAGAAUUAUUACACCAUCCCUCUCUCGACGACAUCACUGAUGCCCAUUUGGAUGAUAUUUGUGAGCCCUUGGACCCCAUCGAACCCAAGAUCUUCGAUAAUCUUGAUCUGACCCGAGAAUUGGCAGGGAUUCCAGGCUUUUCUGCUGGGAUCCCGGACCUCUCCUCGAACGGAAGCCAUGUUUUCUAUGAAAGCAGUGCCCCAUCUUGUUCAUCGACCAAUGGAAGAGACUCGAAACAAAGCGAUGAAAAGGACGAAAAUACAGCGACGACCUCGGAUCAUGAGGAAGACGAGAGCUACACCAAGUUUACGGGGUUCACAAUAACUCCGCCGAUGGCCAAUCCUGUGGACAUGACUGCUUUUAAGGACAUGAUUGCGGUCGCUGAUUAUGAUAACGGAGUCCACUUCUUCGAACAGAAGGGGUACCACCGGAAGCACUUCAAAGUUCCCCCUUAUCGGUGAGAAAACCAACAUUUUCCAAAACAAAUCCCCAUACUGUGCUGAAGAAUGGUGAUUUUAUUAUAUUUCAGGAUUUGUGGAGUCAAAUUCUACCACGACCCGGCUGAAAACGCGACUCAUGUUGCCCUCUUGGCCUACCAUGAACAACAAUGGACCGUUAAUAUGUACUCCUGGCCUGGCCUCAAGCAAGAAUGCAUUUUUAAUUGCCCUCCAGAACCAAAUGUCCCAUCCUGGGCGCGACGGAAGAUCGUAAUCAUCGACGAUCUUCUUUAUUUGAUGGGAACGGCCGAGUCCUGCUCGGCGAUCUGGACUCUGGAUCUGAACACAACUCAAUGGUCAGCAAGAGAUUACUAAAAAGUUUUACCUUUUCUUUUUUCACAUGUAAUUUUCGUAUUUUAGGAAAACCCUGAUUGUCGAAAAAGGUCGUCCCGCCCCCGCCUCAGGCAUUUCUUUAACUUUCGCCAACAAUCUUUUGAAUGGAGGGGCCCAGAAAGCGAGUGUCUACUCUGAUUUUGAUGUCCACAAGUUCUCCAAGACUGAGAGUAGAAUCAUUUUAUGCGAGGCUCAGAAAAGCCGAUUGGAUGUGCUGAUCUUGGGAGAGAAAAAUGAAAUUAUUGACACUCAGACAGUGAAGGUAAAGAGGAGGAAGAACCAGAAAUGGAUCGUUCAGGGACCCAAAUUGGCCGUGUGGGACACUGAGCAGGUAAAGAUACCUCUAAUACCACUUUAUCGCAGUUAAUUAAUUAAUCAAAUUAACCAACUUCUCCCCGCAAUUUUUGAAAGCGUCCGACAAAACCACAAAAAUGGAAAACUGCAUCGUGCAGCACUUUUGCGCAAGCUUGUCGCUGUUUUCAUUUCAAGUCUUGCGUUGUGUUUUUUGUGAUCGAUCGGGAGUCGCACUUUCGCUGGAAUCUUGCACAAUGCAAAUCGUUGAUUGCGCGACAGACAUCAUGCGGUUGCGAGGCUGGAAGGGCGCAAUUUUUUUGUUGGCCUUUUCUCUGUCACGAAGAUUCCCGUUGCAGUUCUUCUUUUUUCGUUGAAUUCACAUGCGGCCAAUUUCUUGAGUUAAAACCCCCCUCGUGAACCGUGCAAAGAUUGUACCAUUCGCACUGUUCAUUUUUUCUCGAACCGCACGGUGCAGUUGAAGUAAAAAUGAUUACAAUAAGGAGAUUUAGAGACUUUUUGAUAAAAAAAGUGUGCAUUAUCAUCGCGAUAUGUAAGUCAAUGCUAUUUUUCAGGAUAUAAUUGUAUACGACGGCAGUGGGAAGAUUUUCUGGUUCGACGGCUCCAAUUAUCGCAUCCAGAAGAUCGUUGGCGACAUCGGACGGAGUGAAGUGUGCUCGAUGGAGGCCAAGAAUGGAUGGUGUUACGUUUUAUGUCGCCAUCAGCUCAAGAUCCAUGCCUUUUACUACAGAUAA